GCUGAUGUCACUAGUGUAGGUAACCACCAGGACUAAGAGUGCUAGACGUCACAUGAUAAAAACGGGUGUGAGCGCUUUCGUCUUAAUUUGUAUAUGAAAUAAGUAGACGCAACAAAGAAAUUAAAAACAGCACGAUGAGAUACAUCUUGGGUUCUACUUUUGCGGGGACUGCUUCUGCAACUAUUCUAGUAUUAGUAUUAUAUCAUGUACUUACUGGAAAAGGAGAGCGAAUCAGUAUCGCAUGGUUUUUAGAAAAUACAUCCCCAUAUAUGUGGGCAACUCUUGGUAUUGGUCUUGCAGUUGCUUUAUCUGUAGUUGGUGCUGCACUGGGAAUUCAUACAACAGGAGUUUCAAUUAUUGGAGGUGGUGUAAAAGCUCCAAGAAUCAAAACAAAAAAUUUAAUCUCAGUAAUAUUCUGUGAAGCUGUGGCUAUUUAUGGUUUAAUCACUGCCAUUGUAUUAUCUGGAAUGCUGGAGCAAUUCAACCAGGAAAACCUAGCUGUUCGCAGCCAAAAUUGCUUAGCUGGUUAUUUAAUGUUUGGAGCUGGUGUAGCUGUUGGUCUUGUUAACCUCUUUUGCGGUAUAGCUGUUGGUAUUGUUGGUUCUGGUGCAGCCCUCUCUGACGCAGCAAAUUCUGCUCUUUUUGUUAAAAUUCUUAUUGUAGAAAUCUUUGGUUCUGCUAUUGGAUUGUUUGGAUUGAUUGUUGGCAUUUAUAUGACGUCUAAAGUAAAAAUGGGAGAUGAAGUGUAAGUUUAAAUAGCGUUAUAAAA